AUGCCUGCAGGAUUGCAAGAAUGUGUGAUUACAUUAGAUGAUAUGGUCGAUGAUAAAGAUGAGUUGGUACACUAUGUUUUCUAUGUAGAUGUUGAACCAGUCAAUGCAGUUGAGGCAUUGAAGGAUUCGAACUGGAUUAAAGCAAUGAAUGAGGAAUGGAAGUCCAUCGAAGUCAAUAGCACUUGGUCACUUGUCGAAUUACUUAAAUGCAAUAAGGAAAUCGAUUUGAAGUGGGUAUAUAAGAUGAAGUUGAAUUCCAAAGGAGAAGUAACUCAACACAAGGCAAGACUUGUCGCGAAAGGAUUUCUUCGAAAAGAAGGAAUCGACUUCGACGAAAAUGACCCCUUAGGUGAAGAAGUUUAUGUUUCACAACUCUUUGGAUUUGUGAAGCAAGGCGAAGAAAGCAAGGAAGUUGCAAGAAGGAGAUUGAAGACUUAA